GUAAAUUACAUUGUACAUGGAGGUAGUUGCAAAAACGGGGUUCCGUGAAGACAUUUCGGUGCUCGUGAAAAAAUUGCAUUUUAUCCUUGAAUUGUGACCCAAAAAUUCCCCCCAAAGCCCCAAAAGGCAUUGGUGUUUUGUGGUGAAGAAAUUGAGGUUUUUCUUGAAGGUGGAAAAAACGUGUGUGCGUGUGCAGUGUCGAAGAAGAAGCCUUGAAAUCCGGCAGAAAUGGAUAGUCCAUGUGAAUCUGAGAGUUCCCUGGAUGGCGUUAUGUUGCCCCCAAGUCCAGUUUCUCGGGAGCAACUCAGUAAGCGCAUUGAGAGCCUCCAGCAACAGAAUCGUGUACUCAAAGUCGAAAUGGAGACCUACAAGAUACGCGUGAAGGUUCUCCAGGAAGAGAAUCGUGCCCUCCGACAGGCAUCGGUCAUCAUUCAAGCAAAGGCAGAGCAAGAAGAGGAAUACAUUUCGAAUACUCUCCUGAAGAAGAUUCAGGCAUUGAAGAAGGAGAAGGAGACACUGGCACAUCACUAUGAGCGUGAAGAGGAAUGCCUCACGAAUGACUUAUCGCGGAAGUUGGAUCAAUUGCGUCAGGAGAAGUGCAAAUUGGAGCAGACGCUGGAGCAAGAGCAGGAAUGCUUGGUGAAUAAGUUGAUGAGGAAAAUUGAGAAGCUAGAAGCGGAAACGCUGGCAAAGCAGACGAAUCUUGAGCAGCUACGCCGUGAGAUGAUUGAACUGGAGAAUACGCUGGAGCAGGAACAGGAGGCACUCGUGAAUAAGCUGUGGAAACGAAUGGAUAAGUUGGAGGCUGAGAAGAGAUCGUUGCAGAUAAAAUUGGAUCAACCGGUGUCUGAUCCAACGAGCCCAAAGUAUGAGGAAUUAGCAGCAGCUACAAAUGGGGACACUGCGUCCAAUCUCAGUUCGCACAUUCAGACACUCCGGAGUGAAGUGGUGCGUCUACGGGCGAAUUUGGCAGCAGCUCAGAAGGAGACGCAGGAGAAGAUGGCACAAUUUGCGCAGGAAGAGCGUUGCAUUGGGUUACGUGAGGAGAAUUUGCGUCUUCAGCGAAAACUUCAGCUGGAAGUGGAGCGACGUGAGGCCCUCUGUCGCCACUUAUCCGAGUCGGAGUCAUCGCUGGAAAUGGAAGAGGAGCGUCUCUACAAUGCCGAUGGUGGAGGUCUCCUUGCGGGGAUGCAGCACCAUCGUCAGCGCACAACGAGCAGCCCAGUGCCGUACAGUCCGUCUAGCAGCAGACCCCUUAGUCCUGGAACAGCCAGUCGCUACUGCGCUUCAUGUGGACAGAUUUUGGUGCCUCCAUCGUCCACUCCUUUGGCCAAUGUUUUCCAUCCUAUUGUUUCAGCACCCAUUUCUGGUCGUCGUACGAGUGAGAGAUUUAUAAAGCCAGCAAUCCCAACGCCAUCACUUGGCGGUGUGUCAAAUAGCAUCAAUCUUGGUGCAACAGUUCCAGUUUUGAGUGGUAACAGCGCAAAUGCUGCCACAUUGCACGCAACUGCCACUGCAAAUGCUCAAACAGUGGCCACAGGUUCAGCUACAAACUCCCCACAGCAAUCCUCAAGCUCGAGUAUUUCCUUCCCAGGCAGCAAUAGUGCUUUCAUACAGCCAGCAAGUCCAAUGGAUACGUCCGUGUGCAAGGACUAAAAGAGCAAAAAAUAUAUAUAAAACGUCAGCGCAAUUGCUGCUCUUAAACGUUUUUUUUUAUUCUCUUUUUUGUUUAAUGAAGUGUCUCAUUUGAAAUGAAAAAAGUGCUUUUGUUUUGCUUCAUAAAUAAAAUAUAUAUUGAUCUUCCGACAGUAAGAUGGCGCGUCAGUCGCAUUCAAACAAGACACUCACUAAGCACAAUAUUAAUUUUGAAAAAAAAAAUGAGGGGACUUGCGAAUUUAUAUUAUUAUUUUCUUGUCUUAAAAAUAUGAUUUUUUAUAACUAUUAUUUUUCUGCAUUUAUGGUAAAAAAAAGAAAGAUAAAAAUUAUCUGUAAAAGUUAAGUUUUAUAAAUUGCAUGAGGGCUCUGUUAAAGGGGAGUUUUAGGAGUGUGUCGUGGAUAAAGUGUUGUAGAUUGUGACGUUGAUUGCAUUAGAUGGCGCUGAAAUUAGGUGUCUAGACAUACAAAUAAGAAUAUCAGUAUCUUCUUACUCCAGCGAUGUUUUGGUUAAUUUUAAAAGCAUUAAGUGAAGGAAAAAACGAAAGAAUCACAGCUAAAAUUGAGUGCCGUAAAAAUUUAAAUAAAAAGUCUCUUUGAAAUGCAGAUCAUGAACAUUUCAGACACAUUUUGGGCUCUAUUUUACAUUUUUUUUUAAUUCAGCGCCUGUUCUAUUGUCUUGGGUUAUUGCCCUUGCUAACGGCAGCAGCGCCAUCAAUAAAUGUUCAUGUCAUAAAAGCAAAACUCAUAAGACUCUAACUACAUUGGUCCCAAAUGCAAUGCUUUUUUAAGUCCAAUAAGUCUACGCAUAUUAUAUUACAUGGUUAUUAUUAUUAUUAUUAAAAAUCAAUUUCAUUUGAUAUUUUAUAAUAAUUUUUUAUACAUAAAGAUACGUUAAAAACUCAAAGAAAGACUUUGAUGAAGAUUUAUUCCUUUCUUUUUUGAAAAAAUUUUAUACUGAAAUUCAGCUUUUAUUGGAGUUUUUUUUUGUUGUAUGAGGAUCAUAAACUUAUUUAUGCAACACAGAAAGACAUAUGAAAAAAAAUAGUGAAAGAAUAUGAGUGUGAAAGGAUAACAAGAUAGAAAACUUUUAAAGAAAAAAUGAAAUGUGAAGAUUUUAGAAAAAUCUGCUGAUUAGAAACUGUUCAAAUGCACCGUUUUAAUGAGAUUUUGAAAAUCACACACUUUUUCUUUUAAAUAAAUAAAUUAAAUAAGUCAACAAUUACUUUUUCUCCUUUUUAACCCUUUAAACUUAGAGGAACUACGCCGUGAACUUAAGAAAAACGUACUUUCUAUGUUAAAAAGAAAUUGAGGAAUAGAAAGCAUAAAAUGAAAGAAAUCUUCAAGAGUUUUUUUUUUUGAAAAGUUAUUUUAAAAAAAAAGUCAACGUAAUUGUACAUAAUAAUACAUAUAAUUUUAAAAGAAGAAAAAAAUUAAGUCAUAGGAGACGAAAGUCGCUAAAAGAAACAGUAAGUCGUUAAUGUAAAAAAAAAGAAAAAAAAUAUUUCGCGUAAUUCUCAAUUUUUUUUUCGAUAAAACAGAGAAAAGACUUUGGAAAAUGAAAUUUUUAAAAUUAAAAUUUAUUGCAAAAAAUUGCCAAAAAAGUCAUUAAAACGUUUCUUUUUUUUUAAAUAAAUAAAUGUGAAUUUGUGAAAAAGAAUUUUAGAAAUUUCAAUAAAAACACAAAAUCAUUAAUGAAAAAAAAGAAAAUUUGCCUUAAUGUGCUUAGAUGUUUAAGGAAAAGAAUUAUUGAAAAAUUAAAAAAAAAAAUCUCUAGAAAUAUCAGAAAAUAAAUAGAAAAAAAGUGAAGAGAAAACUAUUUUAGGUGUUCAAAAAACCUUUUUUUUUUGUCAAAAAGGCGCAAAAGUUCUUUUUAGAGUCUAUUCCAAUGUGUGCAGACAGUGGUGAGAGAUAAAAAAAUGAAGAAAAAAAAAUAUUAACACAAUUAAUGUGAUGAAUUAACAUGAUUAAAUAAAUUAGCUUUUUUUCUAGGA